CUUUUUAAGGGGAAGAUAUUUAGAAGAAGUAAUUUUUGCGCACUGUUGUAUUCGUAUACUCUUGUGUUGUUAUUUGCUAAGUACUUAAUGAAAUACUGAGAAUAUUUAAAUCAAGUGGUCUGGAGAAGCAGAAACAAAUAAGUUUAUGUAUUAGAUUAUGGGAACAACACUCUGGACACCUUUGGUUAAGCCCUUCCCCGGACACCGCGCAUAGCGGGAACUUAAUGCACCAGGCUGCCCUUUACUAUGGACACCUUUGGAGCUAAAGACAAAAGCUUUUCAGUUUUGAGCUUCAGUGCUAAUGUGCAAGUUAGAGAGAAGUAUAAAGAGAGAGAUGGCUGCAUAUGUUGCACUGACUUCUCUAAUCGGAACGAUACAACAGCUUCAGCUUUUGCAUUCAAACUUAAAUCUAGGGGACACUAGUUUGAAAAGUUUGAAUUUACUCUACGAAAAGGUUGAUUCUCUGCACGAGCUCCUUGAUAAUUCUGAUGCUGAACAAACGGAGAAUUUGCACGCUGAAGUCAAACAUAUAGCAAAUGAAGUAGAAGACGAAGUUGAAUCACAGAUGCAAGUGGUAAUGGAUGAACAACAUGACGGACUACAUCAACAGGAAGCCCUCGAGAAUCUUUUUGAGAUCUUACAACGAGCUAUAGAAAAGGUGGAUUCCCUCAAGGAAGGACUCAUCAAACACAGUCAAAAUAACAAUUUGCAAGCUGGAAAUUCCUCGCUUUGUGAUUCAAGUUCACCACGAUUGCAUGCUCCAACCCUUGAGAACGAUAUGGUGGGGUACAACAUUGAACAAGCAGACAUGCUGAGUCAACUUACCGGAGGCUCAACUCCAUUGGAAGUCAUCUCAGUUACUGGUAUGGGUGGCAUUGGUAAGUCAACUUUUACCAAAAAACUGUCUUCUCAUCCCGCAGUUUUGAGCUUCUUUGAUAUUCGUGGAUGGGUUACUGUGUCUGAGGACUAUAGUUUUAGAAAGACGCUUUUAGGCCUCCUUAAAAAUGCUAAUAUUGCGAAGGAAGAAGAGCUUGAAAACAAAAGUGAUCAAGUACUAGCAGAUCGCUUGAAGAAAGGUUUAAAGGGUCGAAGGUAUUUGAUU